AUGCCAGAUUUAUAUGAUGAGUUGAGCGUUCAACAUGGCUCAUAUAGAAAAGAUCCUACAACACUGCCAAAAUCAAACAAAAAAGAUGUUAAAAAUGUCAGAGCAGGCGCGAGUCGUCAACAUUUUCUUAGCUUUGAUUCUAUGACAGAAAGUCAAGAUAGUAAUCGUCAACAAUUAACAGCUGAUUCAUGGCCAACAUCUACUAAGACCGACGAAGGGGAAGAAGAAAAGGAAACAAAUGAAUUAUUCUCAACGGAAUUAAACGAAGAGAUGUAUGAACAUUAUCCAAAUGGUAAUUUUUUGCCAGAACGCUGGACAAUGGGUACUGAAUUAAAAGAUACUCUACAGAAUGUAACACAACAACAUUGUAAAUCAUUCUUUGAUAAAGCCUUGACAUUAUUCGAACAACAUAAUUAUGAAGAAUCGUUAGUUAACAUCAAUAAAUGUUUAUUAUUAAAACCAUAUUAUAGUCAAUUUUAUGAAAUGAGAGCCGAACUUUAUUUAGAAUUAUGCGAUUUUCAAAGUGCUUUAAUGAGUCUUCAAAAAAUUAUUUUAUCUUAUCAGGCAACAGCGAAAAAUGAACAACAACAACAACCACCACCGCCACCACCACCUACAACAACAACAGCAACGACCGUAUCGACAACAACAACUACAACGAUAACUACAAAUAGAGAAGAAAAAGAAUUACAUGAAAAAAUAUUGUUUUCACAAGCAAUUAGUAUUAUAGCGAAUGCUGGUAACAUGUUUAGUUUACCAUUUCAACUGUACAGUAUAUUGUGUUUAAAUGCGAUAAACAAAGUAGAGGAAGCAACAACAUUAAUUAGUCAAAUAAUUGAGCAGUAUCCACAAAAUCCAGAUUUAUUGAUUGUACGAGCACGACUAUAUUAUAGAGAAAAGAGCAAGCUAGCAUUAUGCUUCUAUGAUAUUCGCGAUGCUUUGUUGCUCAAUGAAACACAUGCCGUCGCACGAAAAAUGAUGAUUACACUGAAACAAACAUCAAGUGAUCUAAGAGAUUCGGCUGUUCACACGUGUAUUAUUGAUCGUUUAACCGAUGCUCUAGCAUUGAUAUCAUUAGCUAUUGAUUUAUAUCCUAUCGAAGCUGAAUAUCAUCUUCAAAGGAGUAUUAUUUAUCGUAAAAUGAAAAAAUUUGAAUUAGCUAGUGAUGAAUGUCUUUUAGUAUUCGAUAAAUUAAAUCAUGAUGAACAACAUCGCUUAUAUCAACAAGCUCAAAAACAAUUUGUAUUUAUUUAUAAUGCUACAGCAAUUAAAUGUUUGGAAAAAAAUUUAUAUGAUGAAGCAAUUGAAUUGUUGAAUCGAGCAAUUAAAGAUGAAAAAUCUACAUGUGAAUUAUAUAUGAAUCGAGGAGAUUGUUUUCUAGCCAAAGGACAGAUUACAUUUGCUAUUCAAGAUUAUGAACAAGCACUAGAACUCAUGCCUAACAAUGAAGUUAAAUUACGUAUAUCUCAUGUGUUUUUUACGAAUGCUGAAAAACAAUACAAAGAAAAACAUUAUUCGGAAUCUUGUGCUCAGUUAACGAAAGCGAUUGAUGUUAAUCCAUCCGUAGCUAAGUACUAUGUAUCACGCUCCAGAGUAAAAUAUUUAAUGGAGGAUAUAUUUGGCGCACAAGAAGAUAUAAUUGCCGCCAUUUUGAUUAAUCCAUUGGAAAAUGAAUGUAUCGAUGUAUUACCAAGAUUAUUUCCUGAUACAACUUUAGCUCAAGUAUUAAAAUCAGCGUUAACAAAAGAGGUUAAAAAAAAGUUAUUAGAAAAACAUGUUAAACUGGCUAUACGUUAG